GCCCUGCCCACCCACCAAAAGGAACAGAGUACAAAACGUGCACUACGUGCAGUCACAAAUCUAGGUUGUUUGUACUUGUUGUACACCCGUACCCUUCCACACUCCCUCCCUCUCUUACUGCAGUCUGCUUGGACCAUUGACGUGAAGGCUUCAUAACUUGAUCUCGCAACUCUUCUACAAAAAUGGUGAAUCUCGGAGAAAUCUUCCCCAAUUUCACUGCUCCGACGAGCCAGGGUGAGAUAACCUUCCACGACUGGCUUGGAGAUAAAUGGGGAAUCCUGUUCUCCCACCCUGCUGAUUACACCCCAGUGUGCACGACGGAGCUUGGUACUGUAGCUAAACUUGAGCCAGAAUUCACAAAAAGAAAUGUGAAACUUAUUGCUUUGUCCAUCGAUGACGUCGAAAGCCACAACGGUUGGAUUAAGGACAUUCAAGCAGAUUCUCAACUGAAAGGGGAAUUUCCUUUCCCAAUCAUUUCUGAUAAUCGUGACCUGGCCGUGAAGUUUGGCAUGUUGGAUCCUGAUGAGAAAGACAAGGCUGGCCUUCCCCUGACUGCUCGUUGCGUGUUCAUUGUUGGUCCAGAUAAGAAGUUGAAACUGUCCCUUCUGUACCCAGCAACGACUGGCAGGAACUUUGAUGAGAUCCUACGUGUGGUGGACUCCCUGCAGUUGACUGCGACCAAGAAAGUUGCGACCCCUGCAAACUGGCAGCAAGGGGGAGAUUGCAUGGUGAUACCCUCUGUCAAGCAGGAAGACAUUCCAAAGCUGUUCCCCAAGGGGGUGACAAUGAAGCCAGUCCCCUCCGGGAAGAGUUACCUCCGCUACACCCCUCAGCCAGAGUAGAGUAAACCCAUCACUCUGCACUGUGUUACUAUGCAGUGGGCGACUGCAUUCAGGAGACAGGGGGUGUCCAAUCAGAUUGUCCCACCAAUUUGUGCGAAAAAAGACAUCGGUUUGUAUGAUUUGAUUGACACUUUUUAAACUGUGUUUAGUUUGCAUAAAUUUGCAUAUUUGAGUUAAUUAGUCAGGGAAUAAGGUUACAAGAAGUGCCUCUGCAUUUUUUUUUAAAUAAAAUCAUAAUAAAUCAUAAGUAAAUUAUCUUUCAUCUCAUCUUAACACUACAAAAGAUAACUUCUGUCUAUUUUCUAGAUGUAAUUAUUUUUAUAUUAUAUAUUUUUGAGUGUUGUUUGUUCACAGUUCUUUGGGUGUUACUGGACGGUAUAUGAGGGUUGUGCAUCUAUGAAACAAAACAAAUUACUUAACUAUAUUCUUCUUUUUGUUCAAAAGAAUUUAAUUCUUGUGUGUCUUUAGUAAGUAAUCAUCUUUGAGAGUUUUAGUAUAAAUGUUUGGCUAAAAAGUUAUAAGUACCACUUGCCGCAUGACCAAUGAAAAGAAACUUCCAAGUUUAAAUGACUCCUUCAAUCUCCACAAAAACUGUUGAUUCGCAAAAACGCAAAACGAAA